UGUCAAGACUAACUUGAUAUGGACGAUUGUUUCUUACCAUGUAGAGAAGAUCAUCCCCUGCUAAAUUUAGGGAACAAAAGGGAAUUCUUUAUGGCAUGUAGUGGCAAUGCUUCCUGAAAAAGAACCCGGCAGAGAAGAUUUCGCGCCAUACAUUGUCAUUCAUUGAGGCAAUAAAGUCAUGUCUGAUUGCUUGUUAUAGGUUGGAGAAUUCCCGGCUCAUAGAAUUUCCCCCCCAAGGCUCUGUCGAAAAUGGCUUCCGGGUUCGGUUCCUGGCAUUGCCUUGUGGCUUUCUUCUUUGUGCUUGGAAUAGGGUCUCUGUCUUGCCGAGCGGCGGCUGCCAGUGGACCGUACAAUGUCAGCCAGCUGAGGAAUUGCAAUCUGUACGAAGGGAGUUGGGUUUAUGAUGAUUCAUACCCCCUCUACGAUGCUUCAAACUGUCCCUUCAUAUCAGAAGGAUUUGACUGCCAGAAGAACGGCAGGCCCGACAAGGAUUACCUUAAGUACAGAUGGAAGCCGACCGGAUGCGACCUUCCGCGGUUUGACGGCCGCGAUUUCCUGGAGAGGCAGAGGGGCAAGAAGAUCAUGUUUGUCGGGGAUUCCUUGAGCAACAACAUGUGGCAGUCGCUAGCGUGCAUGCUUCACUCCGCCGUUCCAGGGUCUAAAUACUUCUUAACAGAAGAAGGGAAGCUUUCGAAUUUUUCUAUCCCGGAAUACGGAAUUUCAGUGAUGUGGUUGAAAAAUGGAUUCCUGGUGGCUUCGGUAGCGGAGAAAAUAGGAAAAGUACUGAAGCUGGACACCAUCAACCAGGGCAACGAAUGGAAAGGCAAUGACAUGUUGAUCUUCAACACAUUCCAUUGGUGGUUACACGAAGGAGAAUCGAGGACAUGGGACUACUUCCGAGUAGGAAACAAGACGGUGAAAGACAUGGACCACAUGGAAGCGUACGGAAUAGCGCUCACAACUUGGGCCAAAUGGGUCGACGCCAAUAUCGAUCCGAUGAAAACUCAAGUCUUCUUCCAAGGAGCUGCUGCCGCCCACUACUUUGGCAAAGACUGGAAUGAACCCGGCGUACGGACCUGCCAAGGACAGACAGAACCAGUGAAGGGUUCGGUCUAUCCAGGCCCGACUCUUCCAGGAGAUGGUAUUGUUGAGAAAGUGUUGAGCAUGAUGGAGAAGCCGGCAAAACUACUUGACCUUACCUUGCUCACACAGCUUCGGAAAGACGGCCAUCCCUCCAUUUUCGCCGGCCAAGGAAAGGCGUUUGACGAUUGCAGUCACUGGUGUCUGGCCGGAGUCCCGGACACUUGGAAUGAGCUCCUCAACGCUGUCCUACUCCAGAUGUAUUCCCUCGUAAUCUUCUCUUUCCUCCAAUCUUACAUAAGAGAUACUCACGGUGAUUUCCCUUUAUUGGAUUUUCCAGAAACCCUGUCCAAACUAAAGGGACGGGCCUGGCUCCCACUCCUCAGCCGGGCGUGGCUUCCGGUCCUCAUCCAGGCCCAGCUUCCAGUCCUCAGCCAGAGGCGGCUCCGGCUUCAAGUCCUCAACCAGUGGCGGGGACACCGCCUUCCAUUUCCAGUCCUCCAGUGCCAGCGCCGGGGACUACUCCACCUUCCAGUGCCAGCCCUCCAGCUCCAGCGCCAGGGGCUCCAGCAUCCAGUCAUGAACCGGAUGCAGCUCCACAAUCCCAUCAUGGACCCAAAUCAGCCGGGCAUGCUGUGUUACCAGCAUACGUCGGACAUGUUUUAG